AUGGCUGUACAUCUGUUUGGGGCCUGUUCGUCACCCAGCAUUGCGAAUUUUGUGCUGAAACAGACAGCAAGCGACUUUGGGAAUGGGUUCUCCAAGGGAGCACGGGACACCGUUGCUAACAAUUUCUAUGUAGACGACUGUUUGAGAGCCGAGGAUCGUCAAGAUGCCUUGUUAAGUAAUUUGUUAGAGGUUAAGGAGCUUUGCGAAAAAGGGGGAUUUACAUUGACGAAGUUCAGUAGCUCAUGCGUGGAGGUUUUGUCAUCCAUCCCAAGGGAGUGGUACGGUAAGGGCAUUUCAGGGUUCAUAGAUGGAUCAGGGCCAAAUAAGACAAAGGCAUUGGGAGUACAGUGGGACUUGGCCACUGAUGAAUUGGGUGUCCAGGCAGAUCUGGUUUCAGUUCCAAGGACUAAACGCAGCUUGUUGUCAGCCAUAGCCUUGAUUUACGACCCCCUUGGCAUAUUGGCACCAGUUUUAAUUGAGGGACGGAUAAUUGUGCAGGACUUGUGUAGAUUGAAGAUAGGCUGGGACAGGGGAUUGGACUCCAACACCACUGACCGCAUCAGGGUGUGGGUGAACAAGUUGAAUCAGACCAGAGGGAUAAGUGUGCCAAGAUGCCUAAAGGUUAUUGGGUGGGAGUCAGCUACCCUAAUACAGCUGCAUCUGUUCUCGGAUGCGAGCAUCAUGGCUUUAGGAGUAGUGGCAUACUUGCGGGUCACAGAUCGGUGGGGAAAUGUAUCCUGUAGAUUCAUUAUGGGAAAGGCAAGGGUAGCGCCCUUGAAGGACAUUUCAGUACCCCGCCUAGAGCUUAGUGCAGCUGUACUAGCCGUAAGACUUGGAACCACAAUUCUGGCCAUGAUAGAUUUCAAGGUGGACGAGGUCUAUUAUUGGACAGAUUCAACAACGGUCUUGCGUUAUAUUCGGAAUGAUCAAGCUCGGUACCAAACAUUUAUAGCGAACCGAGUCUCUAUGAUAAGGGAAGGAAGUGAUCAGAAUGAGUGGAGGUACGUUAACUCUGAAUGGAACCCGGCAGACGAUGCAUCACGCUCCAAGCAGUCUGAAAGGUGGAGAACAGGGCCAGGUUUUUUGCUGAAGGAGGAGUGUUUUUGGCCAGCAGAGCCAGCCCACAUGUCCAACAGUGUGGAAGGACUAGAAGUUAGGCGUGAGAUAGGUCCCAAAAGGGCGCAAGUCUGCCAAACAAUUAGCUUCAGGGUUGGGUUGGAUUGUAGGCAGACAGGGUGGCAUAAAAUCAUCCACCACUACUCAAAGUGGAUCCGGCUACUCAGAGCCGUAGGUUGGGUCAUAUUAUUUACCAGGUAUUUAAUGUGCAAACAUAGGCAGCAGCUUAGCGAACUAAACAUGCAUUUGUCUACACAAGUUAUGAGCUUGGCAGAGACUGUGGUUGUGCAGGUAGCACAGCGAAUGACUUAUGAGGUAGAAAUAGCAAGUCUUGAGAAGGGCAGCACCAUCAGGGUUUCCAGCUCCUUAAGAAAAUUGAAACCAAUCCUGAGAAAUGGGCUAUUGUGCGUUGGAGGGAGGUUAUCACUGGCGAAUAUUGCCCCGAGCGAAAGGAAUCCAAUUAUUCUGCCAUAUAAGGGCCACUUGACUGACAUAGUUAUCCAGUAUUAUCACGAGCGUUCCAACCAUAUGGGCAUAAUGUAUGUUCUGGGUCUAAUGAGGGAGAAAUUUUGGUGGUAA